UUAUAACUCUUUUGAAGUUACGCAGUGUGAGAUGGUAGUCAGCAAUCAAGUUUUUGAGCAACUCUAACCAGCGCCAUUUUUCCUUAUCUUUCAAACUUUUUCAUUGUCUCAGCUUUUCAUGAGAUUAUAGCAUCCUCAGUUGAGUCGUUGCAGAGCUUUACAAGCAUAUCUUUUUGCUCAAACAAGACAGUGAUCCCUGCAUUUUUGAAGACUUCUGUUGAAGACAGAUCCUGUGAGCCUUGAGAGAUGGUGAAUGAAUACAAAAAAAUCGUUCUACUGAAAGGAUUAGAAGCUAUCGAUGAUUAUCAUUUUCUCACAAUUAAAUCGUUACUGGCCCAUGAUUUAAAACUGUCUAAGAAAAUGCAAGAUGAAUAUAACAGAAUUCAGAUUGCUGACUUGAUGGAAAACAAGUUCCGGAGUGAUGCUGGUGUGGACAAACUAAUAGAACUCUUCAAAGAUAUACCUGAACGUAAAGGCCUUGUCAAGACGCUUCGAACAGAGAAGUUAAAAGUUGCACGGAAACUCAAAGCAAAAGAAGCAACUCCCAGGAAGACCAGGAAUCAGGAGGAAGUGGGUCCUGCUACACCUAUACCCACAGGUAACGCUCUGGCAUCUGAAGGAGCAGAGGAGACUCCUGUGGCUCAGAAAAGAAAAAAGGCAGCCAAAGAAAAUACUGGGGCCAAAAAGAAAAAGACACCUCAGGAGCAGAGUCCGCCUUCAUGUCUUUCAGUACCCAGUGCGUCUGCAACCACGAGCCAUCCCCAACUUCCCCAGACCUCACCACCAACGCCAUGCAACACGUCCUUACCUCAGAAUCAGACACCCCAGGCCCAACGUCAGGGGGCUACUAGAAAUUAUAUUCUCCAGAAGGGCCCAUUGACAGUCUUAGUGCUGAAAGCCACAAAACCAUUUGAAUAUACAUCCCCAGAGGAGAGAGGGAAAGCAAUGUUUCAUGCUACAGUGGCUACCAAGAGUCAGUUUUUCCAGGUGAAGGUUUUCAACACCAACUUGAAAGAGAAAUUCACAAAGAAGAAGGUCAUUACUAUAACUGAUUACUUGGAAUGCAAAGGAGUCCUGGAAAUAAAUGAAGCAUCAUCAGUGUCUGAAGCUGGUGAAAACAUCGAGGUUCCACUGAGCGUCGUAAAAAGAGCAAAUGAAACUCCCAAGAUUGGUCAUCUUCACAAACAAGCAUCUGGAACAAUAGUGUAUGGCUUGUUUAUGCUGCAAAAGAAAACAGUGAACAAGAAGAACACAGUCUAUGAGAUACAAGAUAAUACAGGAAAUAUGGAAGUAGUGGGGAAUGGAAAAUGGCACAAUAUCAAUUGUGAGAAAGGAAAUAAACUUCGACUCUUCUACUUUCAACUAAGAACAUUUGACAAGAAGCUGAAACUGACAUGUGGAAUACACAGUUUCAUCAAGGUCAUCAAGGUCAAGCAAAACAAGAAGCAACCAGUCAAUGCUAAUUCAAAUCCAGAAGAAAUGGUGAAUGAAUUCAAGAGAAUUGUUCUGCUGACAGGAUUAGAGCCUCUUACUGUGUAUCAUUUUAACAUGAUUAAGUCCUUACUGGCCCAUGAUUUACAACUGACUAGAAAUAUGCAAGAAGAAUAUGACAAAAUUCAGAUUGCUGACUUGAUGGAAAGGAAGUUCCACAGUGACUCUGGUGUGAAAAAACUUAUAGAAUUGUUCAAAGAUAUACCACAACUUCAAGAAGCUGUUGAAAACCUUCGAAAAGAGAAGUCAAAAGUUUUGAAAAGAAUGAAAUCCAUCUCAGCAAAAGGAAAAACUCCACUGAAAAAAAAUAAGCAGAAAGGGGAAGACUCUCUUACACCUGCACCCACCACAAGCAAGACUCUCCAAUCUCAAGGAGCAGAGCAAACUCCUGUGUCUCAGAAAAGAAAAAACACAACCGAAGAAAAGACAGGAACCAAAAAGACUAAGGUGUCUGAGGAUCAGACUCAGUCUCCCAGUCCUGUGGCAGCCAGCAAGUUCAUGACCAUGGGCCAGUACCCACCUUCCCAAACCCCAACAUCUGUUCCAUCCACAACUUCCUCAACUAAGAUUACAGAUAACCUGUUGGUCCUGGGAACUCCUGUAAUCCAGAAUCUUCUAAGAACACCUAAACAGACAUCUCAAGUCCAGCGUCAAGGGGCUGCCAGAAAUUAUGUUCUCAAAAAGGGCCCAUUGAUAGUCUUAGUUCUAAAAGCAACAAAUCCAUUUGAAUAUGAGUCCCCAGAAGCGGGGAUAAAAGCAAUGUUUCAUGCUACAGUGGCUACUGAGUGUCAGUUUUUCUACGUGAAGGUUUUCAACACCAAUUGGAAAGAGAAAUUCUCAAAGAAGAAGGUCAUUACCAUAUUCAAUUACUUGGAAUGCAAAGGAGUCCUGGAAAUAAAUGAAGCAUCGUAUGUGUCUGACGUUGGUCCAGAUCAAAUGAUUAAGGUCCCAAACAGUAUUAUAAAAAAGGCAAAUGAAACUCUCAAGAUUGAUCAUCUUUACAAACAAGUAUCUGGAACAAUCGUGUACGGGAUGUUUGAGUUACAAAAGAAAACAGUGAAUAAGAAGAACACAAUCUAUGAAAUACAGGACAACACAGGAAAUAUGGAAGUAGUGGGGAAUGGAAAAUGGCACAAUAUUAAUUGUGAGACAGGUGAUAAACUACGACUUUUCUACUUUCAACUGAGAACAAUGAAUAAGAAGCCAAUACUAACAUGUGGAACUCACAGUUUAAUUGAGGUCGUCAAGAAAAGCAAGAAGCAACCAACAGAAUCUGGUUCCAAUGCAGAAUUUCAAGUAAACAAUUACCCUCCAAAUCUAUUUGGUGGCAUUAAAACUGAGAUUAAAACGGAAAUGUUCUUUUAAACCACAGAUUCCGUAGAAAUAUCCAAGUUUAUUAAGAGUUUUCAUACCGAGUUAUGGAUUAGAUGUUCUCUUUGAUAUAAUUUUUUAUUAUGUGCUCCCAUGUUUUCUGAAAACACUGCAUUUUGAACCUAUGAAAUGUUUAAUAGUAAACAAAUAAAAUUUCUUUUUAAAAAAUA